GGACAAAAGUACAACUGGGAGAGACAGUGCUACGACUUGGUUGAAAUACUCUUCACCAUGGACACUGGUAAGAGUAAGAAGUAUGAGACUCCAUUUCAUGAUCUGUUAAGAAGCAGACAAACUUCCUACUCAAACAAAGAGUUAUAAUCAGCCUUGUCUACCACCCAUAUAACUUUUACCGAACAUCAGAAGAGCUGCGGGCUGCGAAAAAAAAUAGUCAUUAAGAUUCGAGUUUUCCUUCUUUUCAAAUUAGCUCCAGCUGAAUGUAUUCACAGUAUUAACUGAGGAUGUUCUAUGAAACUACAUGGCCGCUCAGUUGAGCCAUUCACUUCGCACGUGAUUUCCCCCACAUCAUAAAGAAAUUAUCUAAGUGUAGAGACCUUUCUUACUCAACUCCGUGGCCAUUUGUCUCCUCUGAUUCAAAUAUGGCUUGCAUAAAACGGGCGGAUGUCAGUACAUCCAUUGAGCUCAGUUGUUAAAGAACCGAUCACUAGAGCACGCUUGUGGGGAUUUAUCGACUAUAAUUCGUCGUGACAAAGAUAAACCCAUAGACAUAAAGGAAAUCAUAACCAUCCACCCGGCAAUAUUUUGAGCCUCACAAUUAGUUCACAUAUUUUUUAUUAAAUUUUCUCAGAUAAGCAGGAACAAGAAACGACUGGCGCGGAUGUGUAUUCAAACCGAAGGGGAAUCUGCCACAGUCCCAUGCAAGAGAGAAUGGAAAGUGAACUUAGCACCCUUUGGCAAAGAUAUAUUGAUCAAGCAGCCUUAUGCCGCACAACAAAACAGCAAAUGGAAGUUGCAGCAGAACAUUCACUUCAGGUAGAAGAAUCUGUUCUGGAACCUAGAUUGGAGGAUGGACCAAAGUUUGAACAAGCUAAAGCAAAAGGAAACAUCAAUAGAAGCGUGAGCCCUAAAGGAAUGCAAUCAGCUGAUUCUGCAGGACAAGAGACACUGACGACAGAGCUGGAGUCUUUCCUAGGUGACUCAAAAGAUCAGUUUAAAAAAUCAAGUGUCAUGGUCGAUGAAGAAUGUUUUCUUAACAAACUGGUAGGAAGAUCAGAGAGACUGGAAAAUGAAUUGCUCAAGGUGCUUCAAAAAAACGAAUUGAAGAAAAGUUUAGAAGAGGAGCAACAGCCGGGAGCAAGAGUGGAGGAGGAAUUAAGCCAAAUAAAAACUCUGUGUGCCGAGAUGAAAAAAACAAUUAAUGAACUUGUGCAAGUGUGUCUCACCUCUCAGUCUAAUAAUUUUGCACACAUGCUGAAAGAACUGGAACGAAACGACAGUGAGAACUUACGUAGCUCACAAGAGAUGUUAGUAGUGGAGCAGGAAGCGCGAGCUAAAAUAGAAGCUGAUGAACUUAUACAACUGCGAAAAGCAUAUACUGACUUGCAAGAGAGAUUCGAUUCUCUUGAACAGGUAUGUGAAGCACUGAUGGUGGCAGAAGGUUAUUUUAACAGUUUGAGAGAGAAAGAGAUGAGAGAAGAGCAAACUCUUGUAACUAAACUGCUGGAAUCGUUAGACGAGAUGCAACACGCAAAGCUUUCGUGGAAAAAAGAAUUGUCUCACGCAAAGCAACGCUGUGUCAUGCUUAAACAGCAAAUUGAAAGUGAAAGGUACGUCUCUGGGUCAAGAGAAUGGAACUUUCAAGUAGACGACUGGAAAAUUCAGCGAGAGGAAAUUGUCCUGAGUGAGGAGAUUUUAGGUGUAGGAGGCUGGGGCACUGUUCGAAUGGGAACGUUUCGCGGUUGCCAGGUUGCCGUUAAGCAAGUACACGAAGUGAUUUUAUCGGAUCACAAUCGUGCUUUGUUUGCACGAGAAAUGAAGAUUCUAUCUACCUGUCACCAUCCCAACCUUUUGCAGUUUAUUGGCGCUACAUUUGACGAUGGCACUCCUUUAUUUGUCACUGAAUUACUCGAUACUUCUUUAAGACGGGUUUUAGAGGAACGACCAUUACUACUAAAAGAUACAGCAACCAUUGCUUUGGAUGUUGCUAAAGGCUUAAACUACCUUCAUCUUAAGCCUUUUCCCAUCUUACAUCGAGAUGUCAGCAGCGCCAACGUCUUGCUUUGGAGGAGAGAUGAAAGCUGGAGAGCUAAGCUGGGUGACUUUGGAGCGGCAACUUUAAUGCGCAGUUGUAUGACAAUGGCACCGGGAUCACCGAUUUAUUCAGCACCAGAGACUUUCACUGACAAACAGACAACAAAGGUAAAAUCGCUUCCUACUCGUUUUGCUUAUCGGUUGAACGCAAGAAAUCGCGAAGAAAAAGCUUAAGGAAGAAUCAUACGGAAGACUCUUGAUGCAACAACGUUUGUUGUUGUUUAACGUUACGGCUUUCGACAUAAGACAUUGCGGAUUGACUGAACCUUAGCUUAACUUCCUUUCACUCUCAGUGGAAUAGUAAACAUUACAAAAAGUUAUGCGUAAUAGCCUCAGGCUCGCUAGUUUCCUUUUUGUUGUCGUAGAUAACUAUUAUGCAAAAACAUCGACUUCGUCCGACGAAAUAUCAACCGACUUACUGAAAGUUAUUAAAAUGAACACUAAAGCAACUCGCACGACUUAAGUGUCUAUAUUGUACUUAAAGAACAUUACUGAAAUCAUCUCGGGGAUCCUACAACUCUAGACCAUACUCUUAUCUUGUCCCACGUAAUCGGCCGGUUACGUGGGACAAGAAAAGAGUAUGGGUUCUUGAGGAUAUAAAUUUCCCUGAACUUUGAUCGGCCAGUAAGACAUGUAAAAUAUUAAAAGAGAUCGUUAACUGCAAAGAGACACUGACGCUAUCGCUCAUCUCUGACCAGGUUGACGUGUACAGUUUAGGUGUCCUGCUGUUGGAGAUGUGCGUUCGUGAACUUCCACUUGUCGAAAAGCGCCAUGACCAGAUUCUCAAGGUAUCAAGCGGUGCAAUUCGAAGACUUAUUCAGCAGUGCGUUUCACACAACCCAGACGAACGCCCGUCGAUGAGAGAUGUCAUACCGUCUCUGAGUUGCAUUAACCAGAGGAGUAUGGUAAAGUCUGAAGAACAACAGCCGAAGGAGGAAAUGGAUGACUUACAUGUCAAACUAAAAAACACUUCUAUUGAAUUGAAAAAAACACAGGCCAGAAAUAAGACCUUGAAGAAACACGAACAGGUUAGAUAUGCAAGUUUCCGUUGUUAGUGGAGGUGAUUAGAUUAACCCCAAAACUAGAAGCUUAGAAACUUAUAGCUUGGAUUUCAUGCAAGAAUGCUAUUAAAAAUCAAGGCUGUUAGAUGAUGACAAGAUCCUAUAUGUUUCUAUUCUUGCUAAGGCAUAGCCUUCUUGGGAGGGGGGGGGGAGGUUGGGGACAGCUCUCUUAGUCCUUGGUUGGAUGUGUGCCACAGAGUACAACAAAGGCCAUAGCUUAAACUGCUGCAUUGGAGAAGUGCUGGCUCAGUUCUUUAAGUUGAGAGCUCUAUAUUAACAGUUCCUGGUUUUUACCCUUGGUUGGUUUUAUGCGCAAUAUGCUGGUUUCAUGGGCUAGGCACUUUACAAUGCCCUCUCCAUUGAGAAGAGUGAAGGAAUAGCAGCAAAAGAUCAGGAAAGCAUGAUUAAAUACUGAAAGGAUAAACUGUGAUUUAGAAGCAGUAACAAAACUGCACUCUGAUGAUGUAGAAACGGGGAUAAGGCUGUUGCAGCCAGCUACUUUAGUGAUUCUUUUGUGCAAAUAUUAAUUUCAUUUGCCUCCUCAGGUUUUACAAAGCAAAAAUGAUGCACUUCUUAAAAGAAUUGAUAAUCUGGACAAUGAAUGUGAGGAGCUGCGGGACAGAGUGCUAGAGGCAGAAAGAGAGAAAGAUAAAUUGCAGGGAGAUAUUAAAGAUUCGCAAACUGAAAAGACCAAGCUCUUUGAACAACUUGAUUCCAAGCAGGUAAUUUGUGGUAUUUUGUCUUUUGUGUUAGUGGCUUUGGUUAAAAUUGUUUUGUCACUUUGUGCUGGGUGUUAAGGUCAAUUCUCCGUAAAUAGCCAGUUGUCUGCAGCAGGCACUUUUCAUAGGCUUCAGGGUGUGGCCAUGGGUGAAACGUGAAAUAAAGAAAGGGAGGGUUGUCUAUUCGUGGUCAUCUACAAAAUUAAUCAACAAUGCACCUCUUUCUACACUAAACUGUUGGUCUCGGUUAAAAUCUGAAAACUUGGAACACAACACUAAGUACUUCCUUUCUGUUUCUACACAGAACCUUCUGGAGGAACUUAGACUUGAAAAGGAAAAAAUUCAGCGAGAAGUGAAACAAUUUGUGACAAAGACGAACGACCUUGAACAGCAGCUUAGAGAAAGGGAAGAAAAACUUCAACUCGUGGUAGAAUUUACAACCAUUGAUGCCAAACAGCAGAAAUCUUACUCGUCAGAAGAAGGUCAGUAAAAGACAAUAUUAAACAGUUUCCAUCUCCCUCAACGCAAACUCCCAAAGAUUUUUCUUGAAUUUCGUGUAAAUGAGAUAAUUUGGUCAUGUCAACAGAGUUGAUAAUGUAAGUUGGCCACCAUAAAUAGUUUCUAAAGCUGGUGUUUUGAGCGUCAGCCCUCGUUCUCUCUCAGUGUUUCCGACAGAGCGAAUGGCUUUGUUAAAAUGACUUAUGAAGAAUGUCGCAUCCGAUUAAUUUAUCAUAUCCGAAAAUACCCUCACCUUCCCCUUGUGGUUGCACAUGUUUUGUCACUUAUCUUUUCUUGGCAGCUGUUGUCGCAACUUGACGAUCAAAACUGAUGGAGUAUUUGUUCGUUUGAAAAGUGGAUAAUCAAGACAUUCUUCCUUUAUCGUUUAAAACUGUCGUCAACUUACUCAACUAAAUCAUCCCGGCCUUUACAAAUCAAUCCACUCGUUUCUUGGUCACACGCGUCUUGUUUUCCCGCGCUUUGCAUCGGUCAUGUGAAUUUUCCUUAAGUUUCUAUUGGUUCAUCGCACAGUCGUCUUCGUUCUGAUAGACUAUUGUAAAUGCCUUAGUACUGUGUCCCUCAUUUAUGACACGUGCUCCUACUGGAUAGGCCCAGUAACUUUCAAGAGACUUGCCACUUUCUCUCGUUCUCUAUAAGUGUUUUAAAUUUUCAUUUAAAACCGUCAAAACCUCGUAAUAUUUUUUAGGUACAAGAACCUGUUCCCUUGUGAAAACAACACAACCUGGAUUAAUGGAAGAACAGAGACACUUACUUAAAAGGUUCUGUAAUUUUUUAUUUGUCUUUCAGUUUUUUGGCUGCUUUUGAGUACUAUUACAGAUCUCAAAAGCAAGUUCACGACAAUAUUAAGAUUGGAAUUAUUGUGACGAACUGAUUGUUUCUUUCCAUGUUAAAUUCUUCUUUUUGAUACUUUGUAAUAGCAGCUCUUACCAUCACAUUUUACCGUUCUUUUUUUCAAAAAGAUUUAGGUUAUCUUUAGAGUAAACCCAUUUUGUAACUGAUACACCUUUUUCCCUUGAAUGUCUUUUCUCAUUUGCAGGUCUCCUGCGCGGAAUUUUUAUGACGAAAACCCAAAUGUUUCCCACAAGCGCCCUGCCUCUGCCAUAAGAGAAGGACAGCGGUCGAACUCAGACCACUACAUGUCAAACCAAAUACAGCCCCGCCCACCUGAGAAACCUAAAGCCCAUUCCGCUAAGAUAAGUACAAAGGCAAGAACCUUACAAUUUGCCGAGACUAAACAAAGUGUUUCAUUGAGUGCGAAACUUGCUGUUAGUGGGAAACAUACAACAGGCAUUUUGGGAAGACUAACAGAAGGACACACACAGAAACACGAAUGGGAACGUUCUCCUGCCCCCACUCUGGACGUAACAGCCCGUGAGGGGAGGGUUGAGCGUGAAAUUGGACGCACGAGCCCUGCCUCAACACGGUACACGCCCAUGAACGUGUUUGUUUGUAUGAAUUGUGACAAGAUGUACGACACACAGAAAGAUUUGGAUAUCCAUCAAUGUUUUUGUUAUGGUGCAGUGAAGCAAACUACACACGAACAAAUAAGCGUUACAACAUUGUUUCAUAUAUCCUAGCAAUUUUUUGAAGCGAUGAAAAUUAUAAAGAAAAUGAAAUGAAGUGUUAUGCACGAAAUGCAUAUACAUCGCUUGUUCAGUUUAUAUUGACGAAAUAUCUUCCUUACAAUGAUAAAGUGAACCGUAAAACGUAAACUAUUAUCUCCUCAGUGUUGAUUUUGAUUGUAAUUGAUCUUAGGGAGCACAUACGCCCAUGUGAUACUAAAUUCGCCUGUACGAGGCGAACGUUAACUUAAAGAUGUUGGGCCGAUUAUUUACACAAGGUCUAACCUAAACUGCGGUUUUACGCAAGUAGAGGGCAUUAGGGAUUCUCUACAAGAGGGUUGUUUUUAUCAAAUAAAUGUCCUUCCACGGUUAGCUUUCGACGCUCUUGACACUGUGUACCAAAGUAAAUGUUCAGAUAAAAGAUUUGGCUAAAUUCAAGAUAGUUUAGAACGCGGCUUUAUUAAACAACGGCUAAAAUUUGUUUAAUAACCGGCUCAGUAUGUUCAUGUAUCAUCCAGCGGUUAACCUUCAGAGGCCUUUUUUCAAAAAGGCGCCUCUGCCCGUGUC